AUGAUCUUUCGCACCAAGAUGACGCUCCCUCUCCUCUUCAUUCUUGUCCUCAUGUGGACCUUCAGUUGCACCGUUCGGGCUUCAGAGUUCGUCUUGCCUCUCGAACCGGAACACCCUCUUCCAGAUGUCCAGGCCCACAUCAGCGAGGAAGCGAAAGCUGAACAGGCUGCCGAACUGGCCGAGAAGAUAUUCGCGCUGCCGGGAGGUCACCUACGGCCAGUUUACGGUUACGGAGACAACUUGCACCACGCAGUCGCCAUGCAGUUCCAAUAUUCGGGCUCUCGCUUCGCCGUCUACGAGAGAGAAGGUGCAGGAGACUGGUUCGCAAUCUCCCAGUGGACCAUUCGAGGAGAGCCAGAGGAGCCAUGGCUCAAAUCUAUCCUCUUUCUCGACGUACGGCGUACGGGUGAAGUGUAUCCACUCGGGCACGCCACUGUCAAGGACGGCGUUCCGCCGGGUCACACCGAAGAUCUUUGGAGAACGAUCCAGAGGGCUGCGAGAACACCACAAAGAGACUUGAUCAAUAAGUUUGGUGUCACUCAUCUCCUCACCCCCGUCUACUGA